GUUAUGGCUUGGCGCCGUUAUGGCCGCGCGCCGUUUUGGGCGUGUCCUGCAAAAGGCUUAAAAAUGUUUGUGGGGGAAAUGUUAGAGAGAGUGGAGAAGGAAAAAAUUAGAGAAAUAUACAAAAUGUUUUUGUCACUCUUGUCAUUUUUCGUUUCAUCUACUCGACAUAAUUUAGUCUUUUUAUCGAAAAUGUUAAAGAAUUUUUGAGUGUUAUUUGAGUAUAGCGGUUUCAAAAAAUUGAGGGAAUUGGAUUUUAAGACUCUAAAGUCCCUUUUUGUUUUUAUUUGUUUUUCCGAGAGAGAGUGGGUUGGAGAAGAAGAGACAAUUUUUAGAUUGCGACAUUUUGCCUAUUCAUAUUUUGCCAAUAAGGGUAAAUUUUUACGUUUUGCCAAAAGUCUAUAGGCAAAAAGUGGCUUUUUAGCCUUAUUGGCAAAAUGUCGUUUUGGCAAAUGUGUGGACACUAAAAUUUUUUAAAGCUUGUUUUAAUUUUUAAAUUUUAGAAGCCGAAGCUUGUAAUUCUAUUUUAGAAUCCUUGUAUUUUUACGCUGUUUUAAUUAAAAAUGCUACAUAGAAAGCUGCUUUGUGGAGCUAAUAAGUUUGUGGGAAACCAAUCUGUGAGGACUUUAAUGCUUCAAGAAUAUAAUGGAAUGACUGUUCUCUCUGAAAAUAAUGUCCGAGUGCCUCCUUUUGGAAUUGCUACGAGUGCUGAAGAAGCUUAUAAUCAGGCAGUGAAAAUUGGUGGGAAAGAUUACGUUGUUAAAGCCCAAGUUUUGGCUGGCGGGCGUGGCAAAGGCAAAUUUGACUCUGGUCUGGAGGGAGGAGUUCAAAUUGUUUUUACACCCGAAGAAGCCAAUGAAAAGGCAAAACAAAUGAUUGGGCACAAGCUGAUCACAAAACAAACGGGUGCUGAAGGACGACCUUGCAAGGCAGUUUUGGUCUGCAAAAGGCUUUUUACUCGUCGGGAAUAUUAUUUUAGUAUUACUUUGGAUCGAACAACCAAUGGCCCCAUUCUAAUCGGCUCUUCAAAAGGAGGUGUUAACAUUGAAGAAGUUGCUGCAACUGAUCCAGAUGCUAUAAUAACAAUUCCUAUCGAUAUAAAUGAAGGGGUAACAAAAGAAAAUGCUGAAAAGAUGGCAAAGAAAAUGGGAUUUGCUAAUGAAUGUUUAAAAGAAGCGACAGAGUUGAUAAUCAAUCUGUAUAAUUUAUUUAUUAAAGUUGAUGGAAGUUUGUUGGAAAUUAAUCCGAUGGCUGAAAAUGUUGAUGGACAAGUUUAUUGUAUGGAUUGCAAAUUAGUUAUUGACCCAAAUGCUGAAUACCGCCAAAAAGCUUUGUUUGAACAAAAAGAUACAAGUCAAGAAGAUGAAUUGGAAGUUAGAGCACAAAAGUCUAAUUUGAAUUAUAUUCGUUUGGAUGGAAAUAUUGGUUGUAUGGUUAAUGGUGCUGGCUUGGCUAUGGCAACAAUGGAUAUAAUUAAACUGCAUGGAGGCGAACCAGCCAAUUUUCUUGAUGUUGGAGGUGGUGCAACAGUUGAACAAGUUUAUGAAGCAUUCAAAAUUAUAACUUCUGACAGAGGAAAAGUCAAUGCAAUUUUGGUUAAUAUUUUUGGAGGAAUUAUGAGAUGUGAUGUUAUUGCGCAAGGAAUUAUUAAAGCAGCGAGUGAACUUGACUUGAAAAUACCUAUUGUUGUUAGACUACAAGGAACGCGAGUUGAAGACGCAAAGGCAUUAAUUGCUCAUUCAAAAAUGCGUAUACUUGCGUGUGAUUCACUUCAAGAGGCUGCUAAAAUGGCUGUAAAGUUGAGUUCAAUUGUUUCAUUGGCAAAGGAGGCAGCGGUGGAUGUUAAGUUUGAGCUGUCAAUAUAA